AAUCGACGUCACCGUAUUUUUCUAGACGCAGCUGACGAUGUAAACAAGAGAAGAUUGUCGAGGGCAACGGGGAUCAAAUAGUCUGGAAUCAACUCAGAUGAUCACCAUUAUCUGCUCCUAAGCGGCCGACAUGGGGCUUCCUGUUACUAUCAAAGUCAAUUUCCGGGGAAACGUGAAGAGAUUUCUGGCCCAGGAUUUGGACAAACUGGAAUGGGAAUCGGUGGAAGCUUGGAUUAAAGCGUCUUUUGGAAUCAAUCACUUUCAAGUCAAGUACUUUGAUGAGGAUAAUGAAGAGAUUUGCAUAAACAGUCAAGAUGAGUAUGAAGAGGCCAUUAAGAGCGCAGAGAAGCAGGGAAACCAGUUGCACAUGAAUGUGUACAAGAUGAAGGGACAGGCCUGCGGAGGCCCACUGAAGACGGAGGUGAAGGAGCUGAAAGGAGACCUGCGGCCUGCUCCUCCUUACCCCUCCAGGGUCAAGACUGUGGACAAGGGCACACAGGUCACCCCAGAACGAGAGGCUCAGGUGACUGUGAAGGAGAAGGGAAGCAAAUCUGAAGAUGAGCCUCCUCCUAUGUGGUUCAGAUCAUACAUGGAAAAGUUUAAAGAUGAGGUGGUGAAAGAGGUGGUUGAACGGAUGUGCAGUGACUUCUCUGGUCAGUGCUGUACCCACAAAUCCUCAGAUGGGCCACUUGAAGACAGUGGGGCCAGUGGUGGACCUGUAGGACCCAGGCCUGGCCCUUCCACCUCGAAUGGGUCCCUGGGCUACACACCAAACUGCAGCAGCUGCAACAAACUCACCUCUGAGGGGGCGUACAAGUGCAGCGUGUGUCCAUCCUGCAUCCUGUGUGAGAUGUGUCGACACAGCCAUGACCCCAGCCACAACCUUGUGAGAACCAAGACACCUCUUUCCAUCCCUGAGCAUGGAAUGUCGGGAGAGUUGAGGUUUCCACGGCGAGGAGACAGGACGGUGCGCAAGGCCGAGCGACAACGCCUCAAAGCAGAAAGGCGGCAGCUCAGAGCUGAGGUAAAGGAAAUCAAGAAGAAACUGAGACUGGAAAAGAGGGGGCUGCAGUGGAGCGGCCCCUCUACCUCAGGCAGAGCCAACCUGACAAACAUGGCCUCGGCAUCCACCCAGGUCCCAGCUCUGCUACCACGCGCUGACUCAGAAACAGCCUCAGGUCCAGCAACAGCACACGGUCCAAUCCCUGCCCCGGUCCCUGAUCCCCAGGCCUCCAGUCCAGAGGAUCCCGAGGUCUCGCCCUCGUCCUUGGUGCCCACAAUGGCUGCCUUGUUUCUGGAUGAAAAUCUGCCUGACGGCACCCGUCUGGAGCCUGGUACCAAGUUCAUCAAAUACUGGAAGAUGAGGAACUCAGGCACAAUCAGCUGGACCUCAGAGACUAAGCUAAUGUUCAUGUGGGGAAACCUUGGACUGGCAUCGGAGAAGAAGCGGGAGGUGCCGGUCCCCCUGCUGCUCCCUGGACAAGUAGGAGUGGUCAGUGUGGCCUUUGUCGCGCCCAUGAUGGAGGGGACCUACACCUCCCACUGGCGGCUGGCGCACUGCGGCUGCCAGUUUGGCCCACGUGUGUGGUGCAGCAUUGUGGUCGACCCCUGCAACAACCGCAACGCCCUCGGAACUCAGAGGAAAAGACUGAAGGACGAGGUGAGGCUGGUGGAGAAGGAGAGGGAGCUCAGGACUAUAGAUGUCAACCAUGAUGACUACUACUUCCCCUCAGUCGACCUGCUGACCGCACAGGAUCUGCUCUCGUUUGAGUUGUUGGACAUAAAUAUAGUGCAGGAGCUGGAGAAGGUGCCGAACAACACUCCUGUUGAUUUGACCCCUUGUAUUUCUCCUCUGCCUCAUGAUCCACCUGUAUGGGAGAAGACCAUAACUUUGUCAAUCAGAGAAGACAAAGAGUUCACAGGUGAUAAAGUGGGGCAGCAGAAGGACUGUUUGGAGCCAGCACUUAUGGAGGAAGACAAAGAAGAGGAGAUCAGUGGAGCUCAGUUCCUGUUUGAGACAGUCAUCCGCUCCCUCACCUUAGAGGAAGCCCCCGACCACAGACCACCACGCAGAGGUCAUCCUAACCAUCAGAAGCCUAUGAUUAUUUCUCGGGGGCCAAGCAUUUGCAUUGAGAAAGAAGUGCAGUCAAAGAAGGGUGACGUGGAGGAGAUUUGUGCUGUCAGACUGGAGAGUUCAGCUCUGCCUCCAAACACUGGCUUCAACCAGCUGAGCCCAGACGAGCAGAACAGACAAGAACCAUCCACUGAAGAACUUCACGCCAUUUUAGAUCACGAUAAGAUGGAUGAAGACGGUGCGCCGUUGGACGACAUGAAGGUCACUCAAGAUGAGAAGCAGGAGGAGGGUGAGGAGGGUGGAGCCAGGGGAGAAGACUGGGAUGAGGUUUGCAGCCAAACCUCCUCGGCAUCUUCCUGCGAUGACUACAUCAUCGUCCUCCCAGACUGCUUUGACACCAGUCGUCCUCUGGGGGAGUCCAUGUACAGCUCGGCCAUGUCUCAGCCUGACAUCACGGCAUCUGCAGGUGCAGCAGUGACCUCGACCAAUCCUGACAUACAGGAGGAGACAGAAGAUGACCGUGACUCUGAGUCAGCUGGGACAGCACUGCUAAAAGACAGACCCGAGAGAACAGAAGUGGUCUCAGCUGAAGACUCGGCACCCCCACCUGUCCUUCCCAUUCACAGCAGUGUCAACCAGAUGCUGUUUGCAUCUCAGACUCUGGAUGCUGUGACGCUCACUCCUGAAGUGGUGUCACCUCCUAUUUUGCCUGACCCAGUGGUAUCUCCACCAACUCUCUACUCACCCAGGUCUGAGGCACUGUACCUGGCUGAGGACCCCAGUCCCCCAGUCUGUGAACCAUGUGAGCCACAUCAACCAAGGGUCCACCUCAACUUGUCAUCUGGUCUGUCGAGAUCAGCAGGCUCAGCAUCCAGUGCCUUUGAGACAUACAACCCCAGACCCAGCAACGCUCUGCAGCCAAGGGGCCAAGGGGGCAUCACUGAGGGACUUGUUAAGGGGGCUCUUUCUGUGGCAGCAUCUGCCUACAAGGCUCUGUUCACUGGACCAAACUGUACAAUACAGCGAGGCAUCGACCCAGCCACCAGACAGGACCCUUCUAUGAUGGCCAUGUUGCUAGAGAUGGGCUUUAAAAACCAGCGGCUGAACCAGAGGCUGCUGAGGAAGCACAGCUACAGCCUGCUGCACACGGUCAACGAGCUGGUGCAGAUGGCCGAGGAAGAGCAGAACGCAGCCGUAGAUGCUCUGGACUGAAGGGAGGGGGAAGUACUAACAAAGCUUUUUGUUUUUAAAGAAAAGAUAUAAUCAGAGAAAAUUGUUUUACCUCUGACGUGAUGUAAACAAAAAAACUCCAAAUGGCUCGUACUUUUUCAGUAUGUUUAUCUGACUUUAGAUAUUCAAAGAACAGGCUGAUAAAACAUGUUUAUGAUGUCUUUUAUGAAUCUGACUGAUCUGGGGGGGGAUUGGACUCACCAUUUGAAACAAAGAAAAAAAUCACUUAAAAAACGUGACUGGUGUGGAAACAAUUACUGUGGAAACAUUCUCACCUCAUGUUAUAAAAUCAGUGGAAGCCAGUUUAAAAAAAAAACGUUUUACAAAAACUUUCAGAAGGAAAAAUAAUAAUUAGAAUAGUAGAAAAGAAGCUUGUAGAAGCUAGAGUGGUUUUUAUCACAGCCUCUUGUAUAUUUUUGACUGUCUAUGAAGACGGUCGAUUUCCAACUGCAGAAUUCCAUAACCUUUUGUUGAUGCUUGUGUUCAGUCAGCAGGGUUGUGAGCUGGUUGAACAGGUACUGACAUGUUGGUUAAAAUGUCCCUUUUCUUUGACUAAAUCUUUGGUCCCAGAUGGAUGUUAUCGUCCUGGUCUCAGUGAUGUGUGGGGGGGUGUUUACAUUGGCCUUGUGAGGAAAAAAGCACUUCUGUCUUGCAAACCUAGCUUGUUAACAUGGCUGUGUAGACUUUUUUAUAUGCACUGUAUUCCUUGACCUGCUGAUUAUAAUGAAACAGUCAUCCAACAGCUUGACACACACCUGCAGAAGAGUGUAGGUGGUGCUAAACCCUUGACAUGCCUUGUCUCCCUCGGCCUCAGAGCUUUAUUGUGCUG